GGGUUUUCAUACAUAGGGGGCGUUUCAGCCCCGUAUCUGAGAGACCCUCGAGAGAUUGACCAUUACUGUAAAUUUUAGGGUUAGGGUUUUGCACGAACCAGCUAGGGUUUAGGGAGAGAGAGAGAAGAGAGAGAAGCAUAUCGAUGGGAAGGUACCGAAGCAGAAGCAGAAGCCCCAGCCCGAGGCGAAGCAGCAAGCGAUACGACGACCCUCGAGACUCCUCCAGGUCUCGCCGCGACCGGCGCUCCCCUGCUCCUUCUGGUCUCCUCGUUCGCAAUAUUUCGCUCGACGCAAGGCCAGAAGAUCUUAGAAUCCCAUUUGAGCGAUUUGGUGCGAUAAAAGAUAUUUAUCUACCCAAGAAUUACUACACUGGGGAACCACGAGGCUUUGGAUUUGUGAAGUUUCGUUAUCCUGAAGAUGCAGCAGAUGCAAAGGAACAGUUGAACCGUACAGUUAUUGGAGGACGCGAGAUAAGAAUUGUUUUUGCUGAAGAGAACAGGAAGACACCUCAUGAAAUGCGUCGGACUACACGCCCAAGUGGAAGGGGAAGUUACAGGAGGCGAAGUCCAGUGGGGUCACCUAGACGCCGCCAUCGCUCUUACUCAGGCUCCCUUUCCCCAGCAAGAAGUGAUUCAAGGGAUCGCAGGGCAAGGGAUGAUGAUUACUCUCCACGUAGAUCUAGAUCUGUUUCGAAAUCAGUUUCGCCCCGUGAUGAGAGAAAUUAUAGGUCAAAGAUGAAGUCUCCAAGGCGUUCUAGAUCCAUUUCCAGGUCUCCUUCUCCACGCGAUAAGAGGAAUUACAGAUCUGACCUCAGGUCCCCAAGCCCUAGAGUGAAUGGUAAGAACCCGCAUGAUGAGAGGUAUGAUGAACAAAGCAGGUCACAGAGUCCAAGGAGAAAUGCGCGGAUCCCCUCGAGGUCUCCUUCUCGAUCCUUAAGUCCUCGCUGAUGGAUGUUUGACUUGCGUUUCUGUUGUCCUAUGGCCCUGUCCCUCCAGAGUGUGCUCCUUAUAAAUUAAAGCUAGAUGACUACCUUAUAUGUAGAACUUGAAUUUAGUUGACUUGACAUGUUACGAAUGAUGUUAUUGCCGUUUCGUCUUUGUCUUUGUUAGACGAACCCUUGUUAUGUUUCAAGGAGUUUAUGAUUUUCGUAUUUAGCAGUUUGUAUCGUUGAAUUUGUUGUUAUGGUUCCCGACUACUCUAAGCAGUUUCUAAUUAUGCAAAAUGCAUGCUGAACCCUAUUUUGUUC